GCAAUAUAUUUCACCUGUUUACGUCCACUUUUAGCGGAAACGGAAAGAAACAUCGCUGGAAAGAAUUGACAAUAGCUGGGACAGUGUAGGAAGCCGACCUGCUUGCUAAAUAGUGGAAAAAGUAAACACAACGUGACACUAAAAUGUCACGAAAUCAUUCAAAGUUAACAUUUGUACGUUCACUACUACUUGCCAAUGGUUUAUUUACCGCAAACUGCGACCUGUCCUGGAUAAAUAACUUUAGGGAUGACGCUUACAACCCUCCCGAUGACCGUCAUGGUAAUGAGGGCAAUGCCUUCUUCGCGCUGCGAAGCUGCCACCAGGUGAUGCGCGGCAAGAGUGGCGAGUUCUUCUCCCCAGACUACCUGUGCUCCAACCCAUCUCUCUGGUGCAACUGGACCAUCCAGGUAGACCCUGGUAAACGUGUGCUCCUCCACCUAGAGGACUUCACCCAGUCAGAUGCAUGCAGCGGGAAGCUGGACCAGAUCCACCUGGAUGAGCCCCUGGGGGUCGCGGGGGGUCACAGGAUCCUGGAGAAGUGUUGGGGUGAGGCCAAGUACACGUCCCUCUCCAACAUCCUCCACGUAGUUCAGCUGAUCAGAGGCAAACCCAGUCCGCCCCACAGGGGCUUCUAUGGGCGAUACGAGGCGUUCGUACCGCCAGUCAUGUACAAUGCUUAUGGUGAUACCACCGAAGAAGAAAGGAAGCUGAUGACUGAACCAAAACUGAUAGAACUGGAACCUUUUCCCUCUCUGGGAAGUUUCACCAAGUUUCUUCCCAUGAAGGGGGGUGAACCUACGGAGGCCAUUUUACUGGAGCGCCCCACCCCGCCAGCUCAGACCAACCCGGAGGUGGUGUUUGACUAUUUUGACCAACUCACUUCCUCCUCGGUGUCCAAUGAGCUUCCACCAUGGGAAGCAGAGGAGCAAAUGGUCGGAGAGGGGCCAUUCAAGUUUUCUCCUGUUCAGAGAGAGGAGGAAGAUUGGAACAGAGGAAUCUCAGAGGGGACUGAAGCAGACGAGAGCCACCUGACAAGGGAAGACUGGAAAGUGGGUAACUUGAGUGGAGAUGUGGUGGACCUUGAGUCCCAUCUGCCCUUGACUCCCACUCCCCCCAUGGUGGUCACUCGUCAGGGGACGUCAGGGAGGGAUGCCACUGAGACCCACACAGCACACCUUGGAAGUGACCCCUCCACACACCAGUCCCCUGUUCUGAAUCCCAAAUCCUCGCCGCGCACCCCGUCUGCUAUGCGAAGGAACGUGGAUGCUCAAACUACAGAUACCAUCCCUCCUACAGAGUCUAACAUCGGGUCGCACACAACAGAGGUGGAUGACCAAGGUGAGGAGUCUGGCAAUAAGGAAUUGCUGAAAAUGACUCUGGAGAAAGCCAGAAAUCACACCGAAGUACCACACUUACCAGAAGACUACCUAUUUGAAGUGGCUGUUGAAGUCAACUUCCUUGUGGCGCCAGAGGAGAAUUGGGACCAUCUUGUGAGAUCACUGUUGAUCUCAGUGAAGUCUCUGAUUAAUGAGCAGUUGGAAUUUGUCCACAUACCCAAAACCCUAUCCUCCAAAAGAAUAAAAAGGUUGAGUGCAGGAGUGCUUUACAUCCUCUGGUUGCAUAUUGGGGGUGGGCCAGAAGGGGUGAAGGUUCACAGGACCCUGCACCCAGCCCUGCAGGAGCUGUUAGAGAUGGUGGUUAGCCCCAGGGGCAGCUCAACGCAGGGUGUCAUCGUCUCUGUAUCCACCGCUGAUGUGAAUGAGUGUGUGACUCAGCUGGUGCUGUGUGACAUCAACGCUGAGUGUGUGAACCGCUUUGGUUCCUACGCUUGCCGAUGCCACUCCGGGUUUGAGGACAUGUCUAGGCUGGGCUCCGGUGGAACCAUUUGCGUGGACACCAAGGCCGCUGAUACGGACCGGCACAAUAAGUCGACGAUUACGGUGGAUCAGCAUAGUCCUGAGCAGCAGCACCGCAACACUGGCUGCACUUUGACGUGGUCCAGCGGGAUGAUCAAAGGCAUCUACGUGGCGUGCUUCCUGCUCAGCUUCCUCAUCCUGCUGCUCCUCGGUACCGUGGGCGUGCUGUACCACCGCCACCACCGGGGGGAGUUUCUGGUCCGCUGUCGGAGCAACAGCCUCGGGAGCGUCCCCCCCAUCCCCCCUCCUGACUACAAAAACGCCGGCAAUGACAACAGUUCCAGCCGCACCAACUCGGAGCUGCCCCCUCCGCUCCCACCCAUACGGCGCCCUAAGGAGGGCUGGGCUCGCCCUAAAGAAGGCUGGGCUCACCCCAAGGACUGCUGCCCUUCGGUGGACCUGCCCCUGCUGCGCUUCAGCCCCCUGCAGCCUCUUGAUGGGUACAUGGAGCCAGGGGAGGGUGUCAAGCUUUGAAGAGAAGAUUGCUCUGUGGUUGUCCUCAAUGUGCAUUGAGACCCCGUUCUGGGCAGGUUGACUUCACUGUUUCCUGAGUUCAUUAUUUUUCUUUGCCUUUUCAAUAUUGAUGAAAUUUCUUGACUGUUAUUACCUUUUGUAUUACAUUGUCUUUGUGUGUAGUUUGGA